GUAAGAUACCACGGGAGAGAAGAGACGGAGAAAGAGACAAGUUAGCGGUGUGCGCGCGAAGGAGGGAGAUGGCGAACUAGAGGAGAGGAUAGAGAGAGAAAGAGGGAGUGAUAGAGAAACGGAGCGUGUAAGAGAGAGGGAAGAAGAAAGAAGAAGAAGAAGAAGAGAGGAGGAGGCCUCCACAUCGGACAUAUAUGCGGUGAGAAUUCGCGCCUCCUGUCUCAGUGCUUGACAGGCCGGCAAGCUCUUAGGAUCCAUUCGGGUUCUAUCAGCCCGUCACGGACGAUCAUUCCUCUUCGACCACGGGAUCCCGCCGGAUUUCGCUGGUGGUCGGUGAUCACCUGGCCGGUGAGACAAGGGUGAAGCAGGUCAAGAGAAAGAGAGAGAGACUACUGGUCCCCGCAGUAGUAACGUCCAGUUGGUGCCGGCCGAGUAGCGGAAGUGUAAGAGCGCGAACAGGAAAGAACAAAGAGCCUCGCGAGGAAGAUAGGACCGUGUUGGUCCUCCAGAAUCAAUUGGAACUCGAGAGGCAACCCAAGAGUCCAGGAUCUGGUGUUAUGACGUUCAAAUCACGCACGAUCAAGAACGCAAUCUGUCACUGAGUACGCGAGGACGCGCGUCUUGGAAUGACAGCGGGCUGGCGCCAGGGCUGAAGGUCACGAGAAUGCAACGGACCGCACGGUUUCCGAGAGGCUAACCGAGACGCUCAAGUGCCUUGUGAUUUUCUCCCGCGGUGAUUGGUGUGCGUGAGAGAGGUUUUGGUGAAUCCCAUAAAGUGGAGAACACCGGAGAGCAUCGGCGACCCUUUCCCGAUCCGGAAGGAAGGAAGCGAAACUGGAUCGUGCGGAUCGUGAUCAAGGCCGGUCGCCUGGUUACGGCGGAGCACCGACUUCAGGGCGGAUUGACGAGUCCCACGAUAAGGACACGAGGGAAGAGGAGAACGUGUGGUUGCGCAAAUUCAAGAAGAAGUUGGCGCUACGCGAUAAACAACGACUAAAGAGACUCUGCCUGCAAGAGAAGUGAGUGUUGCGCGGAAACACCAAGUAAAACGGACGACAAGAGCCGAACGGUGCAGAGAGAAGAGACUUUUCCGUUCGCGGAAUUAACGCAUUAGAGGAUAAAUCCCAAGGGAGAACUAGGAGGACUUGGCGUGAAUUGAGCGACGAUGCUAUCGAUCAUCUGAUCGUUUCUCCCACGACCGAAGGCCGAUCGUAGUUGAUCCGAUCAAGGGCGACCUUGAGCCAAGAUGGUCACGAGGGCGCUACUGCUACUAUCUCUGGUCCUCCUCGGUGCCUUCGACGCCCCCGGCAUCGAGAAGGCCCCCGUCCGGCACCUGGCGAUGGCUGGUAAUGCCUGCAACGCUUGCAGGAUGCAUGAGGAGAUUCGCGCGCUCAGUCUGGAGGCCAUCAAGGAGCAGAUUCUGAACAAGCUCGGGCUGAAACAAGCGCCGAACAUGACGGGCUGGGCCCCGCCGAAGAUCCCGCCGAUCUCGAAGCUGAUGGACAUGUACGGGAUGCAGUCCGAUCAGCCGCUCGAACCCGGUAUCACGUACCACGACGAGGUCGACGAGUACGCCGCGAAGACAGAGAGCGUCUUUGCCUUGGCGCAGCCCCAUCAGAAACUGAGGCACUCGAAAAGCAACCUGGACGUGCUGUACUUCAAGUUCUCCGACAAGGUGGUCCAACAUCGCGUCACCAGGGCGGAACUGUCCCUAUGGAUAUGGGGUGUAAAUCCAGAAUUGUCGGAGCACGGCGAGUCGAUGGAGAGUCUGGAAAGCCGGGAUACCGGUCCGGUAACGAUCACGUUGCAGAGGAUCCUGCGCGGUGUGACCGAGACAGGUGGACCGCUGCUGGGCCCACCCUUGACCACGAAGCACCCCCGGCCGUACAAUCGACGGGGUGGCUGGAUCACGAUCGACCUCAGACGGAUGGUGGCUGAGUGGUUCAAGCAUCCCAGGGACAACCUGGGCGUCGCCCUGAAGAUCACGGGACCUGGCAGUAAUCAUCGCAGGAACUCGGGCAGGCUAGUCGAGACGAAUGCCGGCGCGGAGUACGCCCCGUACCUCGAGGUGCAGAUGCAGGAGCUCGACUCGCGACGAGCCUCCAGGAUCAAGAGGAACGUGGGGCUAAACUGCGACGAAGCCAGCCACGAGACCAGGUGUUGCCGGUAUAAACUCACGGUGGACUUCGAGAAGUUCGGCUGGGACUGGAUAAUCGCGCCCAAAAAAUACGAUGCCAAUUACUGCUCGGGCGACUGUCCAAUGGCCUUCCUCCCGACCUAUCCGAACACGCACAUCGUCAGCCUGGCGGAACCGCCAAACAACACCGGGCCAUGCUGCGCACCCAGGAAGCUUUCCGAGAUCACAAUGCUGUACUUCGACAACGAGUACCAGAUCGUGUUCUCGCGGUUGCCGGGCAUGGUCGUCGAGAAGUGCGGGUGCUCAUAGUCCACCCGUGAUCUCGGCAGGACGAGAGCGACUUGGACAACGCCGAGAGCCAGCCGCGUGACGUUCUUCUUACGGUCAAUCCCGACGACUGUCCUGAUCGUCACCAAUCGUCGUUGUCAAUCGUCGUCGUCGUCAAUCGUCAUCGCCGUGUCCUCGGCGAUUCCUCAUCCGAUAGACUGAAAGUGCCUUGUUCGGAGAGUGGUUGCGCGUGACGCGGAUCUCCCUGGAGUGCGCGGAGUGGACUGAUGGUGUUCCUCGAGGAUCUCCUUUUGAAGACGUCCGCGCUGCGAACGCCUGCGGGCAGUCCGAGGAGGGAUUCGCGUCGUCGGCGGGAGGCACCACCACGGUGAUCCAUGGUCCAUGGCAAGGCGGAUAGUUCCUAGAGUCACGGUAUUAUUUUUAAGACGCCGACACGUUUGCAUCCGAUCCGCGACCGCUCGACUCGCUACGAUUCGCCCAGACGCGAGAGAGGCCUGGUUGGAUCGCGUAAUACCUGUGCAUGACACCCGACAUGGUCCUUUACGACGAGCAGUACAAAACUUUAUCGAAACGUUCGCAAUCGCGCCCCGGCAUGCGAUUCUCUAUUUUAAUUUCUCUACACGGAUGCAGGAUGCACACGACGUCAGUCACGCAGGCGGAGAUCGUCGAUGAUCGAUGGAAGCGUGUUGGCCAACAGAUCUCGGUGUACAGUAAAAUCGUCGUUUUUCUAAUGUUUUUUUCCUCUCUUCCCGCCCGCCCUUCUCCCAUCGUCUUUCUAUUAUAUAUAUAUAAAUAUAUGUUUCUGUCACUAUGACGGUUUUUUUUUAGCGAAUUGUGAGAGUGCGCGUGCGAAAGAGCGUGCAUCGAAUUCUGUAAAUAAUGAAUCGUAAGGGGUAAGAGUGCGCGGCAUCGCUUCGCCGAGGCUCCCGGGUCCCGGAAGAGGAUCCAACGAGGGCGCAUCCAUACCUGUCGGGCGGAUGACUCUGUCCCUCCCUAGCCCCCAUUUUUUCUAUUAACGCGAGUACGAGCUCUAAGUAAGUUGUAGAUAUACCGCGCGAUAUCCGGCUUAACCGCGCGCGAAACCUUUUAUACUGCGGCAACUGGAUAUCUCGUGCAUUCUCCCGUUCGCCAUUUACCGGUCGCAGAGCAAGUAUUCGAGCGUUUCUCUUUCUGUCUUUCUACCUUUCUGUUCCAUUUGUUAGACGGAUGAACGUUGUUUUCGCGUAAACGACGGACGCAAAACGCGCCUGAUUUCCGCUAGCUUUCCUCGUAAUUUACGGUAUUAAUAGCUGCAUUUUGCAACGCGUCGGGAGAUGCACCCAUCGCGACGGAAUAACGUUCCCUUUCAUGUGAUAGGGAAUUUUUAAACGAUUGGAGUGAAUUUUGAGGGAAAAAUUCUUCCAGUCGCCGUCUGACGAGUAACGAUCUGAAACUUUAUCAAUUUUCACGGAUCGAUCAUAUCCGCGCUCCUGGUCCUCGUAAUUGUAUCACGAUGACGGAGAGAAGGACCAACGUUGCAGUGUAUAUAGACAUGUGUCUGACGCAUGAACAGUCAUAUAUACAUAUAUAUAGCGAUUGAACUAAUAUAAUUUCGGUAAAUCCAGAUUUCCGUGUUUUAUCGGUAAAAACGCGGCGCGUCCUUUCCUUCACUCUUAAUUUGUAGCUCCGAGAAACGGAUUUACCGAGAUCAUACGAGUUUCAAUUCACUCGUUGUAUAGCGAUCGUCGGAAUUAUCCGGGAAUACGUCCAAAAUUUUCUACGCUACUAUUUAACACUCAGCUCCGCGUUUUCUCCCCUCCUCGGCUUCGAGUCAAGUGAAUUGUAGCUGGCGUUUUGUAAAAUAGUAUACGAUACACGAACUGACUUGUGCGCACCGUCCCUGAACUUCAUGUGAUGUGUAAAGGAAGAAGAAGCAAGCAUGUACGAGUUUAUAGGAAAAAAAAACUUUGCGAUUUUUAUAAAGCGAUUAUUAGGACAUAAGAGAGAGAGAGAGCUCUUUGAAAAGAUCGAUUCUUUUGUAAUUCAUCCUCUUCCCUCGCAUCAAGCUGUCCUCGAUCCUUUCCUUCCUCCCUUUCCUGUCACACUCCCUCCAUUUCUGAAUUUGUUUGUCAGUAUACCGAUAAUUCAAAGGAAAUAAUGAAAUCUUUGCGCAUACUUGCGUGUGUCCAACGUAUGGAUGAGGACGGCAGAAAAAUGCAUACUUAUAUGUAUAAUGUGUACUUCCUAGAUAGGCAGCAUAGAUAGAAGAAUAUUUAUUCCAUGAAAUAAAUGGUUUUUCGAUGAA